AUGCUGCCGUAUAAGACUGCAAGCAAGAGAUAUCUCUGGAACAGUACCCUGGUUAUCAGAGUAGGGGCCAAUGCAGCGCCUAUUGUCCAGGCUUCACCAGUCACUCAGAGUAAGGAUGGGUCCAUCCUGGUAGCCAUACAUGCCAAGCCUGGAGCCAAGGCUAAUGCCAUAACAGAUGUAACAACAGAGACUGUUGGUGUGCAGAUAACAGCGCCCCCUAUGGAGGGUGAAGCAAAUGCAGAACUCUGCAGAUACUUGGCAGGUGUCCUAGAGGUCAAGAAAAGUGCUGUAUCGUUGGAAAGGGGUGCCAAGUCAAGAGAGAAGACUGUCCGAGUCGACACUCCGGGAACCACAAUAGAUGCAGUACUUCAGAGAAUAAAAGCAGCAAUUUAAGAAAAAUCACAACCCUUAUGACCUAACGAAACUAAGGAUUAAUGCUCACACCUUACAAAUUGAAAAGAGCCAACACUACAACACACCAGCCAAUGAGAGACUUCGUCCCACAUGCCAUAAUAACAUAGAGAACGAAUUCCACUUCUUAAUGGAUUGUCCGACCUACGAAGAAGACCGUCAAAAGUCAUUACAAUCUGCAUAUAAGUCUGAUAUUGUACUACCACAGGCUAAGACAGAGAUAUUCAAUAUGAUAUUAUUAUGUCCUGUUCAUAUAUCUGCCUACAUAGGCCAAUUCAUUUACAACUCCUUGCAUAAAUGAGAAAAUGCUAUAUUGACAUAAUGAUCUGAAGUAUUAGCUUGUAUGAUAUUAACUAGAUUGGCUGAAAUGCUGUAAUUCAGUUUUAAGUUCAGUUC